AUGAAGAACAUCAUCUCCUCACCAGUCGAGGUACCACUACUACUACCCAAGCACAAUACAAACCCAGCCACCCGACCACAGACAAGCCAAACAACAAGGAUCCUACUCCUCCUGCUCAUCGCCAUCUCAUCAUCCCUCAUCUGGCUGAGACCCACAAAGCCUUAUCCUUCAGCUUCCAACUCAUCCGCUUUCAAGCAUCCUCACGAGCGUAACCCCUCUUAUCUGGUCUCUGGAAAAAAUGGCGUCGUGGCUAGUGAGGAGGCUCGAUGUUCUACCAUUGGUAUCGAUGUUUUGAAGGACAAUGGUACUGCAACCGACGCAGCCAUAGCCACCGCACUCUGUGUUGGUGUCGUCAACUCCUUCUCCUCUGGUAUCGGGGGUGGUGGAUUUAUGGUCAUCAAACCACCAACUGGAUGUUCAACCAAGCCCUGUUCAUCUCGAACCCCAAUUUCGAUCAACUUCAGAGAAACCGUACCGGAUGGCGAUUACUACCAGGCCGAGUUCUACAAGGAUCCAUCAAAGAGUCGGACGGGCGGUCUGUCGAUCGGGAUACCCGGUGAACUGGCCGGAUUCCAAGCCGCUUAUCAACGUUUUGGCGGUGGGGUCAGUUGGCAGAGGAUCUUCCAGCCUUCGAUCGAUCUCGCCAAGAACUUCUCAGUCGGCCCAGCCUUGGCUGUUGUCCUCUCAGACCCCCGGAUCCAUCCCUGGAUGAAGACCAAAACUGAAUGGCAAUCAGUCUUCCAACCCAACCAUCGGAUAGCUCAACUGGGUGAUUGGAUCCAAAGGCCUAAUUAUGCACGUACACUUCAAAUCAUUGCUGAUCAUGGUAUCUAUCCAUUCUAUCAUGGAUCGAUUGCCCAACAGUUGGUCGACACCAUCAAUCGCCACGGCGGUAGGGUCUCCCUGGCCGACUUUCAAACCUAUCAACCGAUCAUCGAACAAGCUAUCAACACAACCUAUCAUAAUUAUAAUAUCUGGACGACCGGCCCACCCUCCUCAGGUGCGAUCCUUUUACAUGCGAUGAACAUCCUUGAACGAUACUCUUUACACGACCAUCCUCGGACUCCAUUGGCCGAACAUCGGUUUGUUGAAUCCCUCAAAUACGCCUUCUCAGCGCGUACCGAAUUAGGCGAUCCAAAAUUCAUGAACUCGAGUGAACUGGCUCGGAUGGAUCUGAUCGAAUCGAAACCCUACGGCUUGAAGACCUCACUGAAGAUCGACGACGAUCGGACGUAUGACUAUUCGCACUACAAGCCCAAGUACAGCAUUGUUGAAGACCAUGGGACGACCCAUCUGAGUGUGGUCGACCGGUUCGGCUCAGCCGUCUCGCUCACCUCGACCGUCAAUCUGUACUUCGGCUCGAACGUGAUGGAUCCAAUCAACGGAGUGAUCCUGAACGACGAGAACGAUGACUUCAGCAUCAAAGGUCGAUCGAAUGCCUUCGACCUCUACUCCUCCCCCUUGAACUAUCCUAUCACCGGCAAACGCCCCGUCAGCUCGAUGGCCCCGAUCAUCGUCGAUUACCUUCAUCCGCAACCUAGCAAUGGGUCGUUGGUAGAGCCCGAAUUCUUUUGCGCUCUCGGUGCGAGUGGCGGUAGUCGUAUCUUUAGUGCGAUCAUCGGGACUCUGUUGAAGUUGCUCUGGGGUUAUGACCUUUCGCAUGCGAUUGAAGACCCUAGACUCCAUCAUCAACUGUUGCCAAACGAAGUGUAUGUUGAAACCAGUUAUCGGUCCGAUUUCUUGGACUCUUUGAAGUCAAAAGGCCACAACAUCACCAUGAUUGACAUCUUUUAUGGCAAAGCAGCGAUCCAUGGGAUCCAUAAGCGGUUAUCAGAAGAUACUCUGUUCGGAUCUAGCGAUAGUCGAAAACACGGCGUGCCUGAUGCUUAUUAA